AUGGGAUACGGUCUGCAAAAGAAAUUCAGCGUCGUACUGGUAUCGGACUCUCAACAAUUUAUUACAACCAAAAAAAAAACAGGAAAUGUAGUUCAAAGACGUGGCGCAGGUCGUCCAAGAAAUAUUACCGCUGUUGCAACCAAUUUGGUUAGAAAAAGACUUAAAGCACCAACGAAUGGGCAAAAAACACACGUUAACGAUGAUUGGUCACAGACUCUAUUUACAGAUGAAACGUAA